AUGGCAACCUUGUUACAUUCUGAGUCCAGGCGCUUAUAUUCUUGGUGGUGGGAUAGCCACAUUAGCCCAAAGAAUUCAAAAUGGCUUCAAGAAAACCUUACAGACAUGGAUGCCAAAGUCAAGGCAAUGAUCAAGCUUAUUGAAGAGGAUGCAGAUUCAUUUGCAAGGAGGGCAGAAAUGUACUAUAAGAAGCGGCCAGAACUCAUGAAAUUAGUUGAGGAGUUCUACCGAGCAUAUCGUGCACUAGCAGAGAGGUAUGAUCAUGCAACAGGGGAGCUACGGCAGGCCCAUAAAACCAUGGCAGAAGCAUUUCCCAACCAAGCACAUUACUUGCUAACUGAUGAUUCACCAUGUAGUUCUUUAGAGGUUGAAUCACACACACCAGGAAUGCCACAGCAUGUGAAGACCCAGAACCAUUUUGAGUCUGAGCAUGCAGGGAGAGCAGAAAGUGAAGUUCAAACCUUGAGGAAAGCCUUGGUAGAAAUACAGUCUGACAAGGAUUCUAUCUUUCUUCAGUAUCAGAAGAGUUUGGAGAAGUUAUCAGAAAUGGAAAGAGAGCUUAGUAAGACACAAAAGGAUGCUGGAGGCCUUGACGAACGAGCAAGCAAAGCUGAAAUUGAAAUUAAAAUAUUAAAGGAAGCCCUAGCAGAGCUAAAAUCUGAGAAGGAUGCUGGUCUAGCUCAGUACAACCAGUGUAUGGAAAGGAUAGCUAGCCUGGAGACUAUGUUAUCUCUGGCCCAGCUGGAUGCAAAGGGACGUGAUGAGAGGGCUGCUAAAGCAGAAACUGAAGCUAAAUAUCUCAAGCAAGAACUUGCCAGAUUGGAGUCUGAGAAGGAUGCUGGUCUUCUUCAAAAUAAAAAAUGUCUUGAGAAGAUAUCUGUUUUGGAGGCAGAAAUUACCCUUGCUGAGGAGAAUUCCAGGACACUAAUUGAGCAAAUUGGAAGAGCAGAGCUUGAAAUUAAUGCACUGAGGAAAAAUCUUACUGAAUUGAAUGAAGAGAAAGAAGCUGUAGCUGUCCAGUACAAGCAGUGCUUGCAGAAAAUAUCUACAAUGGAGAGUGAAAUUUUGCAUGCCCAAGAAACUUCUAAACGACUGAACAGAGAAAUUGAGAUAGGGACUGGUAAACUAAAGACUGCUGAAAAAAAUUGUGACAUGUUGGAGAAAUCUAAUCGAUCUCUUCAGCUAGAGGCCAACAAUCUAAUGCAGAAGAUUUCUGUAAAAGAUCAAGAGCUUCUUGAGAAGCAUACUGAGUUAGAGAGGCUGCAGACUCUGAUGCAAGAAGAGCAUUCUCAUUUUCUUCAAAUUGAAUCCACUCUGCAGACUCUGCAGAAGUUGUACUCUCAAUCACAAGAGGAGCAAAGAUCUCUUGCUAAGGAGCUUAAACAUGGCCUUCAGCUGUUGGAGGACUUGGAGCUUUCCAAACAAGGUUUUAGGGAAGAAAUGCAACAGAUUGUGGAAGAAAACAAGACUCUGCAUGAACUUAACUUCACUUCCUCUAUUUCAUUAAGAAAUCAGCAAAUGGAAAUCUGCAAGUUGAAGGAGAUAAAAGACAAACUGGAACUGGAGUUUUCCAUAAAAGUUGAAGAAAGCAAUGCCCUCCAACAGGAGUCUCAUCAAGUAAAGGAUGAAAUCCAGGGCUUGAAUAAUAGAUAUCAGGCUAUACUGGAAGAACUAGGGUCUGUAGGUUUGGAUCCUAAAUGUAUUGCUGCAUCUGUGAAGGAUUUACGAAAUGAGAACUCAGAGCUCAAGGAGGUAUGCAAAAUGGAACGAGAUGAGAAAGAAGGUCUUCGUGAAAAGUCAAAGGAUAUGGAUAAACUUUUGAGAGAAAAUGCCCUUAUGGAAUGUUCCCUGUCAAGUUUGAAUGAUGAGCUAGAUGGUUUAAGAGAUACAGUGAAGAAAUUUAAAGAGUCCUGCCAUGUUCUGCAGGAAGAAAAAUCCAUUCUCGCUGUUGAGAAAUCAGCUUUACUUUCACAGUUACAAAUUAUCACUGAAAGUAUGCAGAAGCUAUUGGAGAAGAAUACCUUGCUGGAGAAGUCCCUCUCUGAUGCAAAGAUUGAGCUUGAAGGUUUGAGGGCUAAAUCAAGUAGCUUGGAAGAAUUCUGCAAUUUGCUGAAUAAUGAGAAGUAUAAUCUUAUAAAUGAAAGAAGCAUCCUGUUAUCUCAAUUGGAGAGCGUUGAAGCUAGACUAGGUAACCUGGAGAAAAGGUUUACAAAAUUAGAAGAAAAUUAUUCUGAUGUGGAGAAAGACAAAGAAAGCAGAGUCAAUCAAGUAGAAGAACUUCAUGUUUUGCUUUUGGCGCAAAAAGAAAAGCACGCUAAUCAUAAACAUUCAAGUGAAGCCCGAUUAGCAAAUUUGGAGAAUCUUGUCCUUCGGCUACAGGAAGAACACCGGUUGGGGAAGAAAGAAUUCGAAGAGGAACUCGAUAAAGCUGUAAAUGCUCAAGUUGAGAUGUUUAUUUUGCAAAAAUGCAUUGAAGACUUGGAGCAGAAGAACUUGGGUUUAUUAAUUGAAUGUCAAAAACACGCUGAAGCAUCAAAAUUUUCUGAUGAAGUUAUCUCUGAGUUGGAGGGUGAGAACCUUAUGCAACAGAUGGAGUUAGAGUUCUUGUUAGAUGAAAUUAGAAAGUUUAAAAUAGGGUUUCAUCAAGUGUUUGGGGCUCUUCAGGUUGAUGCAGAUGGGGGGCAUGACAAAGGGAUCAAGCAAGAGGAAAUGCCUAUAUCACAUAUUUUGAAUAAUAUUGAGGGCUUGAAAGGUUCUCUUGUGAAAAUUCAAGAGGAGAAGCAGCUGCUACUUGUAGAGAAUUCUGUCUUCCUAACUGUACUUUCGCAACAAGAAUGUGAGGGAGAAGAACUGGAGUCAAAGAAAAGGAUCCUGGAGCAAGAGUUUGAAAACACAAGAGAGCAGCACGCAAUGUUGGAGAAAGAUAAACUUACACUCCUGGAGAAGAACAAGCAACUGAGGUCUGAAGUGACAAAGGGAGAAGUAAAGGAGAAUACAUUAAAGUCCAAAUUGGAGGCUCUUCAUGUGGAGUUUGUAGAUUUGCAAAGAACAAAUAUAGCGUUUCAGGAAGAAAAUUGCAAGCUACUUGACGAGAAAAAUUCCCUACUUAAGAGUGUUUUGGACCUGAAAGAUGCAAAAUCUGCUGCUGAAGAUGAGAACAGUGUAAUUCUCCACGAGGCACUGACUCUAAAAAACCUUAAUUUGGUUUAUGAGAGCUUUUUCACUGAGAAGGUCUUGGAACAAAAAGCACUUGCUGAACAUCUCACUGAUCUCCACUGUAUGAACAAUGACCUCAAACAGGAACUUGGUCUGUUAAGGAAGAAGUUUGAGGUGAAAGAAGCAGAAAAUGUUUAUCUGAAAGAUUCAGUUGAGAUUAUGGACAAAGAACUGUUAGAAAUGGAGGAAAGGCUAAAGGCUGCAGAAAUGUUGAAUGCAGAGUUUUGCAGAAAUGUUGAGAAAUUGAAGAUGGAACAACAGGAAUCAAGAUUGAUCAAUGAAAAUCUUGAGAGGCAGAUUCUUGAACUAUCAGAAGGUUGCACGAAUCACAAAAAAGAAAUUGAACUCCUUAAUGAAACCAAUAGAAGUUUUCUGUCGGAGAUGAAAUUAUUACAUCAUGAAGUUGAGCAACAGAGGGCUAGGGAAGAAACAUUGAGUUCAGAGCUGCUGGAUAAAACAAAUGAAUUUCAACUUUGGGAGGCUGAGGCUGCUACAUUCUAUUUUGAUCUUCAGAUUUCGUCCAUUAGUGAAGCAUUGUUGGAAAAUAAGGUUAAUGAGCUUACUGGAGUUUGCAUGAGACUUGAAGAGGAAAGUGCUGCAAAAAGCAUAAAGAUUGAACAGAUGACAGAAAGAGUCAGUCUAUUGGAAGGUGAAAUUGGAGGACUGAAGGGGCAGUUAUCUCUAUAUAUACCAGUCAUUAGUUCUUUGAAAGAAGAUUUUGCUUCUUUAGAGCGCACUGCUCAUCUUCGAACAAAUAAAAUGUCUGCUGUAGGCAAUGAAGAACAGAAGGAUGCAAUAAUUGAAACCUGUCUCCAGGAAAAUAGCUAUCAAAGUUUGACAAACAGAGAAACUUUGACACCAGAAGGGGUUUCGGAUUUGCUGAGCAUCAAGGCAAGGAUUAGAGCAGUUGAAAAGUCAGUGGUGGAAGAAAUUGAAGGACGUGUCAAGGAAGAAAAUCUAACCACUAAAGUUAAUCCAGGAGCUCUGCAAGAAGUGCCUGAAGGUUCAGAUGCAGAAUUUUCACCAUAUACAGAAGAUGACAAUAGAAAAGUACAGAAGGAACACGAAGAUGAGAGCACUUUUGAUCUCAACUCAUGGAGAACAAAAUCUGAAAAUGGGUCAUCGAUGAAAGAUAUUCCACUUGAUCACAUCUCAGACAAUCCAGCCUCUAAGAAUAGCCGGAGAGAGAAUAGUGGGACUGAUGAUCAGAUGCUUGAAUUAUGGGAAUCUGCUGAGCAGGACUGCUGUGAUAGUUCAAUGGUGAGUGAAGCAAUGAAACUGAGUUCUGUUCCAACAGAGGAUGUUAUUACAUGCCAUCAGCCAGAUAAUUCAGGUAAACACCAAAAUACCUCUUCAGAAUUGGAGGUAGAAAAGGAAUUAGGUGUUGACAAGCUUCAGUUGUCGAAAAGCAUAAAAGAGAGAACUCAAGAUGGGAAGAGGAGAAAGAUAUUGGAGAGGCUGGCCUCAGAUGCCCAGAAAUUGACCACUCUUAAGAUGAAUGUGCAAGAUUUGAAAAAGAAAAUGGAGACAAAGAAGAGAAGCAAGAAGGGAGAUGAGAGUGAUGAAUAUGAAACAGUUAAUAGACAAAUAGAAGAAGUUGAGGAAGCUGUUGUGAAAUUAGUAGAUACUAAUGACCAAUUGACAAAGGAUAUGGAAGACAAUGCCCCAUCAUUGAACAAGGAGACUUCAGCACGAAGAGAUUCUGAACAGAUAGGUCGAUUGCAGUUUGAGGUGCAAAACAUCCAAUAUGUUCUGCUAAAAUUGGUUGAUGGAAAAAAGAACAAAGGGAAAAACAGAUUCUCUGGAAAAACAAUGGUCUUGCUGAGGGACUUUAUUCACAAUGGCAAGAAAAGUAGCAAAAGGCGCAGCAAAGUGUGUUUUUGUGGGUCCUCAAAGUCUUCAACUAAUGAGGACUAAGUCAGAAAAUUUAGAUUCAGUAUGUUUCUAAUCUAGCUUAUCAGUUCUUGAUUUUAUCUGGCACAAAUGGGAGGUUAGGCUUUA